AGCGAGCCGCCACACCGGCUUCCAUGCGAGAGUCUGCGUGUGUUCUUUCGGAAGUGUUUCAGGAUGGAAAGAGGAAUUAAACGGCCACGAGAAGAAGCAGACGGUGUUCUGCGUGAGAAGCAGGGUUGUGAUGCGGACUUCAGGCGCUGGGACGUGGCCGAAACGGUCUUCUAUCUGCGCAGAGAAGGACUCGAGCAAUGGGAGCAGAUGUUCAGAGAACAUGGCAUAACAGGGCCAGGCCUGCCGUUCCUCACCGAAGCGCAUUUGGAGAAGAUGGGUGUUUUCCCUCUGGGAUCACGCCUGCAAAUCCUCCACUGCCUGCAGAAACUCUGGCAAGUCUCCAAUGAGUCCAUGAAGGUGUUGAACGACCCGAUCCACGGCCACAUCGAGCUGCACCCUCUGCUGCUGCGCUUCGUAGACACACCUCAGUUCCAGAGGCUGCGCCACAUCAAGCAGCUGGGAGGGACUUACCUGGUGUUCCCCGGGGCUUCUCACAACCGCUUCGAGCACUCCGUCGGGGUGGGAUAUUUGGCCGGAUGUCUAGUGCAGGCUCUGAAUGAAAGACAGCCGGAGCUCCUCAUAACAAAGCAAGAUGUUCUGUGUGUGCAGAUUGCUGGCCUGUGCCAUGACUUGGGUCAUGGCCCGUUUUCUCAUAUGUUUGAUGGCAUGUUCAUCCCUAAAGUUCGACCUGGAGAGAAAUGGAAGCACGAGAUGGCCUCUGUUCAGAUGUUUGACCACCUGGUGAGAGUGAACGGUCUGGAGGAGGUCAUGGAGCGCCACGGGCUGACUCUUCCUGUCGACCUGGUGUUCAUUAAGGAGCAGAUCGCCGGGCCGCUGGAUAACUCCAUCUUAAACAGCUCGUGGCCAUAUAAGGGCAGGCCGAUGGAGAAAUCAUUCCUGUAUGAGAUAGUAGCAAACAAAAGAAACGGCAUUGAUGUGGAUAAGUGGGAUUAUUUUGCUCGUGAUUGCUAUCAUCUCGGCAUUCAGAACAACUUCGACUACCAGCGCUUCCUCAAAUUUGCACGAGUGUGUGAAGUGAGAGGAAAGAAGCACAUCUGCACCAGAGACAAGGUACAUUUUGCAGUUGUUAUACUGACUGUGGAGAAUAUGAGUUAUGCACUGAGGAAAGCACUGGAUCUCAAGCGUAUCAAACCGCACGAGUAG